GGAUGCAAAAAUCGAUACUGUCACAGCUGUUCGUGUACAACAAGUGAAAGUGUCGAAAGUGCCGCACAAUAUUUGAUAAAUAGUAUUUAUUUUUUGUAAUUUCAAUCCCAAUCGAUUGUCUUCAAGGCCUUUAUACCUUUGGAAUCGGUUUCAAACGGAAUAUCCAGGAUGCCGAGCUCAAGACGUGCGAUUCUCAGACACAUAUUGUCGGGACUUUGUGUCAAAAUGAAUCGCACCAAGUCGGUGCCCAGUGACGUCAUGGAAACGCCGCUGAAUCGGUGCCUCAACACCUUUGACAUCGCCCUUCUAGGCAUAGGCCAUAUGGUUGGAGCUGGCAUCUAUGUGCUGACCGGAACAGUGGCCAAGGAGAUGGCUGGGCCCGGCAUUAUACUGUCCUUCGUCCUUGCUGGCAUUAUUUCCAUGCUGGCGGCCCUCUGUUAUGCGGAAUUCGGGACAAGGGUGCCCAAGGCUGGAUCGGCGUAUGUCUACACGUACAUCUCGAUGGGCGAGUUCUGGGCCUUCGUCAUCGGCUGGAACAUCCUGCUGGAGCACAUGCUGGGAGCCGCAUCGGUGGCUAGGGCUUGGAGUGGCUAUGUGGACUCCAUGCUGGGUGGAUGGAUUGGAAACACCACCCUGGAGCUAACGGGAGGUAUUCAGGAACCCGGCUUGGCCCAGUAUCCCGAUGUCCUGGCCUUUGUGGUGUGCAUCGUCUAUGCAGCGGCCCUGGCCGGAGGAGUAAAGGCCACGGCGGUCUUCAACAGUCUGCUGACUCUGGUUAACAUAGCCGUCAUGAUACUGGUCAUCAGCGUGGGCUUCUGGUACGCGGACACCAAGAACUGGUCGGAGUCAGAGGGCGGAUUCCUGCCGUACGGCAUCGGAGGAGUUAUUGCCGGAGCGGCCACUUGUUUCUACGCCUUCGUUGGAUUCGAUUCGAUUGCCACAUCCGGCGAGGAGGCGAAGAACCCGGCCGUUUCCAUACCCAUCGCUACGGUGCUGUCCCUUUUUGUGGUGACUAUCGGCUACAUCCUGGUGAGUGCGGCUCUGACUCUGAUGAUACCCAUCAGCGAGAUCAAUCCCGCUGCUUCCCUGCCGGAGGCGUUUGGCCAGCUGAAUCUGUCCUGGGCCAAGUACCUGAUCUCAAUCGGAGCUCUUUGCGGGAUGACUACAACACUGCUGGGAUCUCUGUUCGCUCUUCCCCGGUGCAUGUACGCCAUGGCCUCCGACGGACUGCUCUUUAGCUGCUUCGGCAAGAUUAACUCCACCACUCAGGUGCCCCUGCUGAAUCUGGUGGUUUCCGGACUGCUCAGUGCCUGCCUGGCCCUGGUCUUCGACCUGGCCAAGCUGGUAGAGUUCAUGUCGAUCGGCACACUGCUGGCCUACACCAUCGUCUCGGCCAGCGUGAUCAUCCUGCGCUACAGGCCGAUGGAGAGGAUCACCACCAUUCGAGUGCCGGCAGUGACAACCAGUCCGGAUGAUGACGACGACGAUGACGACGAGGAUGUGGUGUCGCAGUCCAGUAUUGACACCUCCUCGCCCACCAGCGAGAUGAUCGAGGAGGUCCUGGCCGGGCGCCUCAAGUCCCAGUUCAGGUGCCUGGAGCCUCUGCUGGGACGCUUCGAGCCCGGGUCUGUGGUGUCCGUGGCCGUGGUCCUCUUCAUAUUUCUAAGCUUCGCCAUCUGUGUGGAGCUGAAGGUUUCAUGGACGCAACUGUACACCGGCACUUGGUGGGCCCUGCUCAUCUACGGAUUCAUCAUCUUCGCCGCCAGCACCUGUGUGGCGGUAAUAGCUGUCCACAACCAAAACACCCGAGGAUUGGUCUUCAAGGUGCCUCUGGUUCCGUUCGUGCCCGCCCUAGGAAUUUUCUGCAACAUCCUGCUGAUGGUUCACCUCGAUGCGGUGACCUGGGUACGAUUCUUUGUCUGGGUUUGCAUCGGCAUGGUAGUCUACUUCCUGUACGGCAUUCGAAACAGCAAGGAGGGCGAGGUCUGCUCCUCGUACUCCAUCCUUAUGACCACCUCCGAAGCCGGCAAGAUGGCGUGGGGCUCCUUCAAGGGGACAAACGGCAAAAAGGGCACCACUAGCACCACAAACAAGCACACCAUCUUCGAGAGGUUCACGGGUCGCAGCCGACCGGAGGACAAGAAGUCAAUUGUAGAGGAGAGCGAAAAUGAGACAACCGGAUACUCCUAAGCUUCCUAGGCUUCCCAGAAACAGACUACCUACCAACCAAUCUCGAUACUUAAUCAAUUCUUUGCAUUCCUAAAUCCCAACGUUGAACGAGACAUAUUCCACAGAACUUAUGAUCGAGGAAAACGAGUAACUAUUAUGGCAGAGUACCUUUUACCACAAAAUAGCAUAGUUGUCUACUGUGAAU